AUGACAAUAUUAGAAGACAGUUUUACACAGUAUAAGGAGGAAGUAACACGCCAACUGGCAAUAAAUCAGGCCCAUUUAGAUUCUUUAACACAUCCUGGAUGUCGAGUAACAUUCCCCGUUGAUCAGGAAGAGCUACCUUCACCGGAUCCAAACUUGAAAGUGUUUUUCUUUGAUAUUGAUAACUGUUUAUAUAAGAGUUCCACUAGGAUUCACGAUUUGAUGCAAAUAUCCAUAUUAAAUUAUUUCAAGAAUCAAUUGAAAGUAAGUCAUGAAGAGGCUCAGAAAUUAAACAACACAUAUUAUAAACAAUAUGGGUUGGCUAUUAGAGGUCUUGUCAUGUUUCAUGACAUCAAAGCCAUGGAAUAUAAUCGAUUUGUGGAUGAUUCGUUACCACUUCAAGAUAUUUUACAGCCGGACCUUUCACUUAGAGAGAUGUUAAUCAAAUUGAGAAAUAGUGGUGCCGUGGAUAAAUUAUGGCUUUUCACCAACGCAUACAAGAAUCAUGGCUUGAGAUGUGUAAGGUUAUUGGGGAUAGCAGAUCUAUUUGAUGGGAUUACUUAUUGUGACUAUAGACAAACUGACACGUUAAUCUGUAAACCUGAUGUGAGGGCCUUUGAAAGAGCUAAAAUUCAAAGUGGACUUGGAGAUUAUAGAAAUGCAUGGUUUGUAGAUGAUAGUGGCGCUAAUAUUAGUCAAGGAAUCAAUUUAGGUAUGGGUAAAUGUAUUCAUCUAGUAGAGAAUGAAGUUAACGAAAUAUUGGGUAAGGCUCCACCACCAGAUAAAUCAAUCACUAUCAAACAUAUAACAGAUAUGGAGAGGGUAGUACCAGAAUUGUUUGGACAUUGUUGUAUAUAA